UGGCUGGUCAGCAGGUGGCGUGGGCGCAGAGGUGAUUUCUUCUUGGGAGGCAGGGAAGACAAGGCCACCUAAUCGCCUUUUCAAAGCUGGGGCCUCCAGAGGAGGUUGCGGGAGAAAAACUACAACUCCCAGAAGCCCCUGCUCCAUGGCGAGUCACGGGUGGUUGCCGUGGUUUCAGAAAACAAUAUGGCUGCUCCCAGCUGGGAGGCAAGUCUCGGGAUUAGAGAGGCAGAGUCAGGUUUGGGCGGCGGCAGUGGCGAGAGAGGAGGCAUUUGAGGGGUCGUGAGGUUGGGCCUGGACGCUGCACAGCUGGAAGGGCCUGGCCUUGCCAAGGGCGGCAAUGGCGGGCAGCGUGGACGAGGAGGCACUGCACCAGCUGUACCUAUGGGUAGACAACAUCCCUCUAUCCCGGCCCAAGCGAAAUCUCUCCCGAGACUUCAGUGAUGGAGUCCUGGUCGCAGAGGUCAUCAAGUUUUACUUUCCCAAGAUGGUGGAGAUGCACAAUUAUGUCCCUGCCAACUCUCUUCAGCAGAAGCUCAGCAACUGGGGUCACCUGAACAGGAAGGUGCUGAACAAGCUGAACUUCUCGGUACCAGAGGACGUGAUGCGCAAGAUCGCGCAGUGCGCCCCAGGCGUGGUGGAGCUGGUGCUCAUUCCCCUGAGGCAGCGCCUAGAGGAGCGACAGAGGCGCAGGAAGCAGGGCGCUGGCUCUUUACAGGAGCUGGCUCCCCAGGAUGGCACUGACUACAUGGAUGUGGGUUUGUCCCAGAAGGCCCCGGGGGAAGGUGCCCCAGACCCCCAGGGAGGGGGGCAGCUCAGGGCAGGCCGGCUGCCAGCGCCGCGGCCUCCAGGAUAUAGCCAGGCGCUGCAGGGCGACCCAAGCUUCGUCCUCCAGAUCGCUGAAAAGGAGCAAGAGCUGUUGGCCUCGCAGGAGACUGUGCAGGUCCUGCAGAUGAAGGUGAGGCGUUUGGAGCACCUGCUCCAGCUCAAGAACGUGCGCAUCGACGACCUCUCCCGGCGGCUCCAGCAGGUGGAGCGUAAGCAGCGGAGAAUGGACCGCUUUCCAGAACCCAGAAGCCACAUGCAGAGACCUGGCGUGUCCCCCAAAGCAGUGCCUGACAACGAGGGCUCCGCUUUGGCGCUCCCUGCGCUGGGCCUUGUGGGGCGGCCCCCUGGCUCAGUCCACACCCCUAGAAGCGGGUCCCUGCCCAGCUCUGAGGACAGCAGCGUCUCCAUCCAGGCUGAUUCUUCACACCCUGGGCCAUGGGGGAAGCUGCCCCAGGCAGCUGCGGGACUCCCUUACCCUUCCUGGGCACUCGCCUGGGACCCAGCUCAAGGCUGGAGAGUGCAGCAACUGGAGAGGAAGGGGUGAGGAAUGGGCUCAGCCAGGAGGGGGGAAGACAUAGCUAUGCCUCUACCAAUGGCCCUCCCCUUCCACUGCUACUGUUGAGAAUGUUUGGGGGAUAUGGGACAGGGCUGCCCCCAUUAAAGGUGUUGUGCUCUUUC